GCGGAGGUGCGGCGGCGACGGGGGGUGUUCGGCGGUGGCGGUGGCGGGGCGCGGCCGAGCGUGGUGCGGCGAAGAACGUGCCCUGUGCUGGGAUCGAUCUUCGAGCCCAUCAGCGAGGAAUCUGCAGCGACCGCGUCGCCCGCGCCAUAUCCGGGCGAGGACCUCGAGAUAUAUAAACGUCAUCACACGCCCCGUGCUCGCCCCAAGUCCCCCCACGUCCUCCCCGCCCCAGAGCUCAUCUCCACCUCCACCACACGCCCCGUCCACAUAAACCCCUCCGCCGCAGCAGCAGCCAUGCCUUCCGACAGCCUCAUGCCCAAGAGCGACUCCUUCAACGCCCGCAUGCGCGGCAGCAGUCACAUCGACUUCAAGACCGCCACCACCGGCGUCGCCGCCAAGGCCAUGCGCAACGAGCUCAGCAACCUCGUCCGCUCCGUCAGCGACCCCGAAACCAAGCGCGCCUUCGACACCGAGAUGCAGUCGUUCUUCUACCUCUUCACUCGUUAUCUCUCCGAGCGGGCACGGAGCCAGGAGCUUGUAUGGGACAGGAUCAAAUCACCUUCGGAUGACAAGGUCGUCCCUUACUCAAAGCUCCCUUCAGGCGAUGUCGCCAACCUCAACAACCUCGCCGUCCUCAAGGUGAAUGGUGGUCUCGGUACCUCCAUGGGCAUGACGGGUGCCAAGUCGGCGCUCGAGGUCAAGGACGACAUGACCUUCCUCGAUCUCACCGUGCGCCAAAUUGAGCACCUCAACACGACCUACCGCGUGGACGUUCCGCUCAUCCUCAUGACCUCGUUCAACACACACGAGGACACGCUGCGCAUCAUCAAGAAGUACGCGAACCAGCAGCUGCGUAUCACGACGUUCAACCAGAGCCGGUAUCCGAGGAUGUACAAGGAGACGCUCCUCCCGUGCCCCAAGUCAGCGGACGACGACAAGAAGCACUGGUACCCUCCAGGUCACGGUGACCUGUACAACGCGCUCUACCAGAGCGGCGUCCUUGACCAGCUACUGAGCGAGGGCAAGGAAUACUUGUUCGUGUCGAACUCGGACAACCUGGGCGCUGUCGUUGAUGAAAAGAUCCUCCAGCACAUGAUUGACUCACAAUCGGAGUUCAUCAUGGAGGUGACAGACAAGACGAAGGCGGACGUCAAGGGUGGUACCCUCAUCGACUACGAGGGCAGCAUCCAGUUGCUCGAGGUCGCGCAGGUGCCGUCUGAACACGUCGAGGACUUCAAGUCUGUGCGGAAGUUCAAGAUCUUCAACACGAACAACCUGUGGCUCAACCUGAAGGCGGUGAAGCGCAUCAUGGAGAAGGGCGAGAUGGAGCUCGAGAUUAUCGUCAAUCCCAAGACGACCGACGACGGGCAGGCCGUCAUCCAGCUCGAGACCGCCGCGGGUGCCGCGAUCAAGCACUUCCAGAACGGCCACGGCGUGAACGUCCCGCGGUCGCGCUUCCUGCCCGUCAAGUCGUGCUCAGACCUGCUCCUGAUCAAGAGCGACAUCUACUCGCUGCAGCACGGACAGCUCGUAAUCAACGAGAACCGGAUGUUCGAGACGACGCCGGUUAUCAAGCUGGGCGACCACUUCAAGAAGAUCGCGCAGUUCCAAAAGCGGUUCAAGAAGAUCCCGAAGAUCAUCGAGCUCGACCACUUGACGGUCACUGGUGAUGUGUACUUCGGGCGCAACGUCACCCUGCGCGGUACUGUCAUCAUUGUGGCGAACGAGGGACAGAGUAUUCACAUUCCCGAUGGGUGUGUGCUUGAAAACCGGUUGCUCUCCGGUAACCUCAACAUGAUUGAGCUAUAAACGCCUCCCCUCGUCGCUUCCCCCUCACCGCAACGUGCAUCUCAGUCUACAGUCAGUUACUACAUAGUUAUACUCACGGACAUCGUCUUCCGGUUUUCUCUUUCUCCUGCGCCCCCGUAUAUCUAGACGAACGCGUGACGGGUCGGUCGGUCAUGGACUGAUGAUUAGGUACUAGUCGAAAGACGAAGUGUGUAAAUGAUGAAUGAAUCUCACGAGAUGAUACCAGUCCAGUUCCUGUGCGUGGACGGGUGGUUGGAUGUGCUAAAAGCCGUGUCGAGUCGGUCGAACUAUGCUCAAAUUAUCCGGCGGCGUUGAUAGGUGU